AUGUUCGCUGUUAUUUUUCUAGCACUCGUCGGUUCAGCUCUUGCUGAAGUGUACGUUGACUCAAGAUGCCCAGAAGUCCAGCCAAUUCAGAACUUCGACGUUGCCAAUUACGGAAAGGGAGUAUGGUACGAAAUAGCCAGGUACCCCAACAGGAAAGAAAUGAAGAUUGACUGCGGAUACACCGAAUACACGCCUCAAGGAGAUCAUUUUGCUGUAAAGAACUUUGGUUUUAAUAACGGCAAACUUAUGUCCAUUGAGGGUGUAGGAAAGCUUGCUGAGGACGCUGGAAAUUCUGGAAAACUCAUCUUUACAUUGCCAUACGGAGCAUCCGGCAAAAAAACUGACAGCGUUUUGAAAGUCUUGUACACUGACUACGACAACUUCGCCAUCGUUUAUCACUGCAUGUAUCACGAGGAAAAGAAGAGCCGUCAAGACUUUGCUUGGAUUCUUUCGAGGUCCAAGUCCCUGUCCCCCGAAUUGAAGGCUAAGGUUGACAAGCUCGUCUCUGAGUCCAAGGUUUUGGAUAGCAGCAAAUUCGUAUGGCCCGACUUCUCUGACAAGGCCUGCAAGGCAUCAGCUUAG